AAAUAUUUGGACACUUGCCGGACUCUGUUCAUUUGUGAUCAUGGAGUUCUUUGCCACGGGUGCCUUUCAGCAGCUCUUCAGCGAGCUGGACGACGAGUGCGGCGCACUCGGAGUCUCCUCCGAUCUCGUACUGACGGCCGGCGCGGAUGGCUUGGACUAUGGCUGUGCGGCUGCCAUGGCGGAGGAGCAGGUGCCAGCGGUGGACACCGAAUACUACGGCAUCAUCACACUGGACAGCAACAACAAUCAGAGCAGCUGCGACCACGCCUACGACUACGACUACGAUUACAUUGGGCAGGCGGAGGAGCAGGGAUUGUUCUUCGACUUCAGCGAACAGGAGCUGUCCGCUGGCCCGCGCUCGCCGCCGGAGCUCAGCGAGUGGGAGCAGCGGCUGCUGGACAACUUUGUGGAGAUACCCGAGCUGAUAGACUUCCUGCCCGAGCGCACGCCGCUCUGCACGGACAUGUGCGAGGACUUUCUCGAGGAGAGCAACAGCAACUUGCGGCUGAAAGUUGCACCAGCAGCCACGGCAGCAGUCCCCCCGCCGCCGCCAGCCACAGCUGCCACCGAUGCUGGCUGCGUGCCGCAACUCGGUCAGAAUGCGGCGGGCGAGCGGGGCUAUCUGUGCACCUUCGGCAGCUGCGAGAAGCUGUACGCCAAGCCCGCCCACCUCAAGGCCCACCUGCGGCGGCAUCUGGGCGAGAAGCCCUACGCCUGCAGCUGGCCCGAGUGCACGUGGCGCUUCUCCCGCUCCGACGAGCUCGCCCGCCACCGUCGCUCCCACUCCGGCGUGAAGCCCUACAAGUGCGACUACUGCGCCAAGUGCUUCGCCCGCUCCGACCAUCUCACCAAGCACCGCAAGGUGCACGAGCGGCGCCUCCUCGCUGCCACGCGCCUCGGCAAGCUGCUGCCCGACGAUGUCUACGCGGUGCGUCCGGGCCGCAAGCGAAAGAAUCAGCUCUGACACGGCUCCCAGAC